AAGAAUACAUGAUAAUUCAUUAGAAAAAACAAUUAAUCAAAUAUUUUGCUUAAUUUGACACUGAAAAAUAAGGAAACCCAUCUUUAAAGGUUACAAAUUUGUUCUGUGCGGAGGGGACAGCAUUUAAACAGUCUGAUGGCAACUAACUGUACACCUUGGCUGUUAUGACCAAGUUGAUUUUAAACCCUUCGAUAAGCUAAUCUAAUUGUGGAUUAACGAAUAUCCGACUUUAUUAACAUGAUUAGGGAUUGUUCAGAUUAUGAGAUACUACAGGAUUAGCAAUGUCGUAGCAACUGGUUACUAUAGAACCAACCUCGUUGAUUUAGCCUAUAAACAUAAACCUAAAAUUCGGUAGCUGGAUAUUUUAGUUGUGAUCAAUUGAAGAAGACAGGUGUAGAAGUUUCAAUGAUGGAAUAUUUAUAUGUCAUCCUUCUAUUGAUAUGUUGGACUUUGAAAGGCGAAGCAGCAUGUACAUUUCCUUCUGAUAUGAUAGAUUCUUGGGAGACCAGCAGCAUGGGAACAUUGACUUUUAUCAGUGAUUCUCAAGUCAGCAUACCAGAUGUACUAGGUACAACUCGGACGUUUAAUUGUCAUGUUAAAACAGGAUCCCAAUAUGUUCUAAGAUCAGUAGAUGUGGUGAAUACUGUAUUUGGAACAGAUCUGUAUGGAGCCACCUGUUUUGAGUUCACUGCAGUUACGACUUCUGUAAAAUAUAAAUAUUUCCACGCAACUCAAAAAUCGGGAACAUCUCCUUUCCAAAGAUUUAAAUAUCCACCAUCAACUACUGAUAGUACAGCCGCAAAUACGUGUGAUGAAACUGCUGCUAGUGUUGGGACACAUGAUUUCAUGAUAAAGAACGAUUCCAUCUCAUCAGCUGUUACAAGAUGUCCAGAUGCUAUUUUAGGUAUCUAUACCUCUACUGUUGAUGGACAAUGCUCAUCCAAUACAACAUUAAACGUUUGUUCAAAUAAGGAAAAAUUAUCCUUUGAUACCACUUACUGUACCAAUAAUGUUGCUUAUUCAAGUGGCGGUGAUUUGAGUUGUGUAUACUCGGUUGUUGACAAUGGAAAUACAUUUCUUACAUUAUAUAAUAAUGACAUCACAACUGAUGAGUCUAACACUUACAAAUUUACGUGCAUGAUGAUGGCAAUAAAUGGAACCAACAAUAUCGUACAAGCAACUCAAAGUCCCCAACAUUGCCUGGCUGCACAAACGAUUGACACUUCUGCUGGGACAGUCGUUGCAAUGGAUUUCGAAACCAACGUUACCUGUGUUUACGAUACCACCACUGCUGGGCCUACGACAACUUCCGCCUCACCACAAAAUGAAUCACAAAUAGGUUCCGCAUCAGUAGCAGCAGGAGCAUCUAUUGCCGUACUUGCGAUUAUUGUGUUGGUAGUACUGCUCCUGUUCUUCCUCGUAUUUAGAAAGGGUGCGCCAUACCCGGCUAAAAAUUGUGGAAAAUGUAGUGAAUCUCCAGCAUGUAGCCGCUUUCUCGAUUGCUUGUCUUGUCAAUGCUGUUGUCCAAAACGAGGAGGUAAGGUCCAGCCUGAUGCAGAAUCUGUCCUUACAACAGAAGAGAUCGGUGUUACAGCUAAUGACGAUUCCACUCAACAAGUCACUGGUAAUGGACGUGAAGUUGAAGUUAUCCCUGCUCCCGCACCACCACCAACCAAAUCUCUUGAAGAGAUUACUGCUGAUAUUAAGCCCAAGACUCUUGCCCCAAUAGAGCAAGAAAGGUCCCACAAUAACGUCGAAGAUGCUGAUAUUAAACUUCCAACGAAAUUACCACCAAUUGAUAGUCCAAGAAGCGUCCAAACAAAGGAAGUCAAAUCAGCACCAGAGACAAAGAAGAUAGAAGAAGUUUCAGAAGAACAUUCAACAGAAAAGGUUGCAUCAACAGCACCAGCUGAAGUAUCGAACGAGAAUGAGAAGACUGAAAACUACAACAAAACCGAAGAAAAUGAGGAAGUAAAAACAGAUGGUGCCACAACACAUUCUGCUCCGGCUGAAGAGAAUUCAUAAUCGCCGUACAUUACAAACUUGGAUUCUUUUAUUUAUACCAAAAUUUUUUGUCACCAAGUGCAUUUCGAACUGAAAAGUGUGAUUUAUUUAUUGUACAUAUAAUUUGUUGAUAAGAUUUGAUCAUUUUAUGAUGUUAUUUUCAUGGAAUAUCUGUAUAUAUACAUCCAUUAUAUAAUUUAUGUACCAAUUCAUAAGAAUUUGUCUAACUAAUAAUCAGCAAUAUUUCAGGACAGGAAUCACAGAUCACAGAUUGUAACAUAAUUUAUUUCAUUUAACAAAACGAUAAAAUAGCUCAAAGUAAAAAUACGUACCCAUGUUCGUUCAAGAUGUCCUUUUCUGAUCAAGUAUAUUGCUGGCUAGUAGAAACCUGCCUAAGAAACGCUGUUGUUAGUAAGAAACGCCGUUGUUAGUACAUUUGACAAGUCCCCAUUUUGAAAGUGGACCAGGUCUUCUAUAUUGGUAAUUAAUCAAACCUUGUACAAUCGUUGCAUUCAAUGGUGAAUUGUGCUUAAUUUUUCAUCACUUCCGAUGCUAAGAAAUAACCCGAUCCAAAACUAAUUGUUCACGAUAGAAAUUGUUAAUAGUCAUGUAUAUAGUAUAGUACAUUGUAUAUUGUUAUUAUGGUAAAUAAAUAAUUGUGAUUUUUCUGAGGAU